AUGGCUAUAUCGAAGACUAGCAACGAUGCGCCCGACCCCAUCCUUCUCACUCUCUUCGCCAAUCGCUUCAUGAGCGUCGCAGAGGCAAUGGGCCGUGUACUACAACAGACCUCUAUCUCGACGAAUAUCAAGGAGCGCCUCGACUUCUCUUGUGCUCUUUUUGCACCUGAUGGCGAUCUCGUCGCAAAUGCGCCUUUCAUACCUAUUCAUCUAGGUGCUAUGAGCUUCGCAGUCAAGUACCAGAUGAAGCUCCACGGAAAGACUCUCAAACCAGGCGAUGUGCUUAUGACAAACUCCCCUCAUGCUGGUGGAUCCCACCUUCCAGACAUAACUAUCAUCACUCCUGUAUUCUCCCCACCCGCCGAAGGACAAGACUCAGAAGACCCUUCAGGCCGUUCCAUCAUCUUCUUCACCGCCUCGCGAGGCCACCAUGCCGACAUUGGCGGUAUCCUCCCCGGCAGCAUGCCCCCAACAUCUACGUGCCUCGCAGAAGAGGGAGCUGAGAUCGUCUCAUUCAAGAUCGUCGAUGGAGGGAACUUCGACCAAGAAGGCUUGCAUAAGCGGAUGAUCGACAUACCGGCACAGUACCCCGGCGCGUCAGGAUGUAGGAACAUAAGAGAUGUGGAGAGCGAUCUGCAUGCGCAAGUCGCAGCGAACCACAAAGGCGUGCAACUUAUCCAAGCCAUCGUUGACGACUACGGACUCGAGACCGUACAAUCCUACAUGGCCCAUAUCCGCUCCAACGCUGAGCAAUGCGUGCGCAGUCUCCUCAAGCGCGUCUCCGCCGACGCUCCAGACGGCAGACGCGUCCUACACGCCGUCGAUUACCUCGAUGAUGGAACACCAAUAGCGCUGAAGAUCGACAUUGACAACCAAACCGGCGGCGCUGUGCUCGAUUUCGAGGGCACGGGCGCCGAAGUGCGCGGGAACCUCAAUGCGCCCGCGAGCGUUGUGCACGCGGCGGUCAUAUACUGCAUGCGUGCAAUGCUCGGCGAGGAUAUUCCGCUUAAUGCUGGGUGUCUCGUGCCGCUGGAAAUCAAGAUACCAAAGAAGACCGUUCUUGCGCCCUCACGUACCGCUGCUGUGUGCGGAGGAAAUGUUCUUACGAGCCAGCGCAUCGUAGAUGUCGUUCUGCACGCAUUCGAUUCGUGUGCGGCAAGUCAGGGAUGCACCAACAAUCUGACAUUCGGCCAAGGCGGUAAGAACGCAGACGGCAAAGCCGAGCAGGGCUGGGGAUAUUACGAGACAAUUGCAGGAGGCUCCGGCGCCGGCCCGGGCUGGCAUGGCACCUCGGGCGUGCACACACAUAUCACGAACACACGUAUCGGCGACGCCGAGAUCCUCGAGCGACGCUACCCUGUCCUACUGCACCGCUUCGCACUGCGCCCCGGCUCUGGCGGCGACGGCGAGUUCAAGGGAGGCGACGGUGUGAUCAGGGAAUUCGAAUUUAUGGAGGACAUGCGGGUUAGCAUUCUCUCCGAGAGACGCACACGCGCGCCAUACGGCCUCGCCGGCGGGCACCCCGCCCAGAUGGGGCGCAACACGUGGAUAAAGCAGCGUCGCGCCGCAGACGGCGAUCUGCCUACGUCUCGCUCUGAAGCCGAGAGCGUCGCCAAUGACACCAGCAAGAACAUCGAGGAGAAGGCGAUUGCGGAUCUGGCGGCUCAGGACGACACGGGGCCGAGACAUAUUAAUGUAGGUGGGAAGGCGACGCUCAUGAUGGGUCGUGGGGAUCGGCUGUUGAUUGAGACGCCCGGUGGGGGCGGGUGGGGUGUGCCUAGUGCCGAUAAAGAGAGGAUGGAGAAGGAGGAAGGAUAUAGGCAUGGGUGGGAGCCGAGGGGGAGUUUGGCGGAGAGGGCUGCGAAGCAGGCUGGUUUUUGA